AUGAAGAAGACGAUGCAAAAACUCAAAGUGAUGAAUAUCCGCCUGAAUUCGGUAAGAAGCAAGUUAAUGAGAGUGCGCUCAAGUUUAGAAACUAGUCUGGAAAUACCGAAUCCGAACCUGAGGUGCAAGCAGUUCUUGCAGCUUCAACUGAAAACCAUUGAGAAUGCCUUUGCUGACUACAAUAAGCUCCACCAGCGUGUCUUCGAAGCGGAUGUUGGUGACGAGGUGCGAGAGGAUGCGGAGGUAGAGUACGUCACAUUUGAGCAGCAGUACGGCGAAUUAUUCAUUUACAUUUCUAAAUUGAUCGAUGAUAAUAUCAAGACAGAGGAAGACGCAGCACGAACCGCGGCAGCCGUUCAUCCUUUGCCGAGUAUCUUAAAUACAACAGAAAUCGCGCCUCACCUCCCACCGCUGAAGGUUCCAUUACCCACGUUCGAUGGAACCUAUGAGAAUUGGUUCGCUUUUCGCUCGAUGUUCGAGACGAUUAUGAAGCGAUACAGUACAGAGUCUCCCGCUAUAAAGUUAUAUCACCUUCGGAAUUCGCUAGUGGGUAAAGCAGCCGGUAUUAUUGACCAGGAAAUAAUAAACAAUAAUGACUACGAUAUGGCGUGGAAAAUGUUGAUUGAGCGAUUUGAGGACAAAAGGCUUAUUAUCGAUAAACAUAUCGACGCACUUUUCAACCUCUCGAAAUUAGUAAACGAAAAUGCCACUGAACUUCGAAAGUUCAUAGACACAUGCGCGAAAAAUGUUGAUGCUCUGAAAAACCUCGGACUUCCUGUAGAGGGAUUAGGAGAGUGCAUGUUGAUCAAUCGUAUUGCAUCGAAAUUGGAUAUAGAAACCCGAAAGGCAUGGGAAUUAAACCAUGUUGAUGAUACGUUGCCAGGUUACGACGACACUCUUGAAUUUCUGCGAGAGCGAUGUAAGGUGUUGGAGAAGAUUCAACCCGAUUUGAAGCAAACAAUGAAGAGCCAAAGACCUGUGCGCAGUGCACAAGAUGUGAAGGGAAAAACAAGUACGCUAGUCGCUACUUCGAAUAAGUGCCCACAAUGUUCGGAUGGCCAUGAGUUGUGGAGGUGUGAUACGUUUAAAAAUGGUAACCUUUCUGAGAAAUACAAUCUACUGCGAAGAAUUGGAGCCUGUUUCAAUUGUCUUCAGAAAGGGCACAGAACAAACAAUUGUACAUCGAAACACACGUGCAAGAAAUGUCGGAAAUUUCAUCAUACAAUGCUUCACCCUGAAGAAGAUAGUGCGAAGAAAUCCGAAACCUCACUAAUAUCUGCAAUCAAUCCAGAACCACUGAAAGAGAAUUCCGAACAGCCAAUCAAAGGCGGGUCGGUUGUGACGUCGCGUGUUAAUGAUUACACAAUAUGUUUGGAACUACUCGUGGUACCCAAAAUCACUGGAGUUUUGCCAACUACUAAGGUGAAUGUGACGACAUUGGCCUUCCCGAAUGGCAUCGAUCUCGCUGAUCCCGGUUUCUACAUUCCCGACAAAGUGAACAUGUUGUUGGGUGCAGAUGUAUUUUUUGACAUGCUAAUGGCUGGUCGAAUCCAACUACCAAAUAGUGCUGCUUUACUGCAAGAAACUCAGUUUGGUUGGGUACUGAGUGGUUUAGUGCCGACUGAAGCUUCAGGGGUAGUACAUUCGUUUUGUGCUACUGCGCCCAAUGAAAACCUAGAUGUAUUAGUACGAAGAUUUUGGGAACUCGAGUCUUUUGGAGAUAUCGAAUUGCCAUGUUCAAUCAGCGAGGAAGAAUGUCUGCGACAUUUCGAGACGACACAUGAGCGUACAGCGGAAGGCAGAUACUUGGUACAUUUACCAUUCAACGACAAGAAGAAACAUCUGGGAGAAUCUAGGAGCAUGGCUGAGAAACGCUUCUUGGGCUUGGAGAGGCGUUUGGACAAAGCUUCGGAAUUAAAGAUUCUAUAUAAAGAAUUUUUGAAAGACUAUGAAGCGCUUGGUCACAUGGUCGAGAAUCCGAAUCCUGAUGAUUUGCAGGCAUUUUAUCUACCGCAUCAUUACGUUCUUAAACCCACUAGUACGACUACGAAACUACGUGUGGUUUCCAUCAAUCAAACACAAAUGAUCGGACCCACCGUACAAAACGAUUUGGUUUUGAUUCUUUUGAAUUUUCGCUCCCAUCGAUUUGCUCUUGUAGCCGACAUUCCCAAAAUGUAUCGGCAAGUCGCUGUAUACCAAGAUGAUUGCAGAUAUCAGAGAAUUCUGUGGCGAGAAAACCGAAACGAGCCACUGAAAACGUACGAUUUGCAAACUGUUACCUACGGAUUAGCUUCAUUUCAUCCCCGUUUUUAG